CGCGAGCAGUCAACACAUUUCAAGAUGAUCAACGCCGAGGGUGAGAACGUCGACCUUUACAUCCCCCGCAAGUGCAGCUGGACCAACCGCCUCAUCGAGGCCAAGGACCACGCUUCCGUGCAGAUCAACAUCGGCCACCUCGACCAGUCCGGUGUCUACAAUGGCAAGUACACCACCGUCGCCCUCUCCGGCUUCGUGAGGUGCAUGGGUGAUGGCGACUCCGCCACCGACCUUCUCUGGCAGAAGAAGAAGGCCGGCGUCGGCCAGGCUUAAGUCGCUUUUGGGUUGGGCUUACGGCUAGUAGCUGGAUGUAGUCUUUGAAAUAGGCAAGAUGGUGUCUGGCU